AUGUGUUUUAUUGUUCGUUAUCAUUACCUUGCCAGAGCCAUCCUAACAUGUGAUAAGCCGGAUAGUGCCAGAGUAUCCACUUUGGCUAAUUUACGGGGCCUUCCAGUAAAACAACUUCUUGAUUUGGAGCAGAAGCGCCUUAGUAGCGUUCGUCGAAAUCAAGGACGUACAAAGCAGAAAAUCUCGUUGGUGUCAAGGACUCUUAAGAUUCUUAAAACAUAA